AUGUCGGAGCUCAACGAGCAAGUUCAUAUUGAGGACCACACGCUCGAAGACGGUUUAAACGGAACAUCCAAUGAACCGAUCUUGUCUCGAUUGUCCGAGUGUUACGACCAAAUGGUCCAUCCCCAGAAAAGGAUCGACGUUAAACAAGUGAUUGAAGUGGUGGCCACAAGAGUAGUGGAGCUCAAACAUCAACUGGUCAAGUGGAACCCUCCUAACCCGGACGUUAUGACGCAACCGGAGCGUAGUUUCCCGUGGGAAUACGUCAAUCUCGACGACAUCCUCGUGGACCUCAAGCUUCCUCCCGAGACGGUAGAGAUCCCAGUACCUCAGUCGUUUCUCGACGACCAACACGACGACCUCGUUCGUCGUGACCGACUGGUUAAAGGGUACAUGAAGCUUAAGCAUGGCGUCGAUUCCAUCCAACUGGAUGCAACCAAGCAGUCCACAGUAUUGGGAGGUAUAGGCAUCCUGUCGCUUGAUGAAGCUAUCGCUGUGAUCCAGAGGAACGAACGAGGUCGUCAGGGUCGUCAACGUGGUCUUCUGGUCCAGGAAUUACGUGAAGAAGAGCGUCAGCGUAAACUGUAUGAGGCAGCACAAGGCGCUCCCGAGAUGGAUCCGGAUAUUGCUGCUGCUAACAUCCAGCGCAUGUUCCGAGGCUUCUGGUCUCGAGCUGCUGCCGCUCGAGAACGUGACGCUGAGCUUGUUUUCAUCGGAAUGAAAGCUCCGGCGAUGGAUCGCUCGGUUCUGAAAAGAAACUUGCCGAUGCGCGUCUUCAACGUCGAUCCGAGCAACUUGAGAACAAGGAGGAAUACGAGCGUGCUUUGGUGGAAUUACACGGACCUAACUGGGUUUUAUACUGCUUUAAACGGUGAAAGUGCGGAAGAUAUCGCUAAGGCACAGGCUAAGGAAGAAGAAGCAAGAGGGAAAAAAGACGAUAAAAAAGGGGCUAAAGGGAAGAAAGAGGACAAGAAAGCUGCGAAAGGGGCAAAAGGUAAAGGUAAAGACGCCAAGGAGAAGCAAGAGGAGGCUCCGGAAAAGCCACCGCCGCUUACGGGACCUUCCGAACUGUGUACUAAAUUAGCUGGAGGCGUCUCGCAGUACGAGAAGGUGUGGCUUGAGCGCGAAGAGAUCGACAAUUUCUACCAGAAAUAUGACGUAGCACUCGCCAAGGACGUCGUUCGUGGCCCUGUGGAGGUCCAAGUACGUCAGCAAGUAGACGAGAUGUUGGUGUUGCAGCUAGUCAACAUUAAGACGCAACUUGAAGCCGCUGCAGCAGGCAAAAAGGGUAAGAAAGGCAAAAAAGGGAAAAAAGGGAAAGCCAAAAAGGGCAAGAAAGGCAAAAAAGGGAAGAAAGAAAAGGGCAAAAAAGGUAAGCCUCUGCCAGGUGAGAAGAUCGCAGAGCUUAAGGGCCGUGCGCCGGACUCGUUCCUCAGUGUAUUAGUCGAGAACCAGAUCGUACACGCGCCACGUCCUGGAGCUCGUGUGCGAGACUUCGUGGGCAGCUUUAACUUCCUCGGGACUAUUUUCCAACACUCGGAUCGUCGGGAUCGAAUGGGAAAUUGGGUACCUCAAGACCCUUCAGGAGCUCAAUUACGGCAGUUGAUUACGGAAUACGGCGUUUUACCGCUGGAUUCUCCAUUUAUCAGAGCGCGUACCCCUUUAGUCCGUUCAUUGAUGCUCUACGGACCUCGUGGAUCGGGUAAAACCAUGUUGGUCAGUGCUUUAGCCAACGAGACGGGAGCUCUGUUGCUCAAUUUAUCGCCGAGUAAUCUCGCUGGUAAAUUCCCAGGCAAAACAGGGCCGACGAAGCUCGUGCACAUGGCCUUUUUACUGGCCAAAGCUGCUACGCUACAGCCUAUUAUCAUCUACAUGGAUGAAUGCGAGCAGAUUUUCGCUGGCGGGGGCGGCAAAAAGAGCAAAUCGGCUGCAAACACAGAAGGUCCGGCUCGCUUUAAGAAGGACCUUUUGCUCUAUAUCAAAGCUGCAUUAGAGCCGUCGGAUCGUGUUCUGGUUGUUGGCACUUCUGCGGAUCCUGGAGCUGCGGAAGCCAAAGAUUUACGGAACUUUUUCGACAAAUUUUUGCAUGUCCCGUAUCCAGAUUACGCGUCCCGUGUGUUACUUUGGAAACAUGCCUUACGCUCUACAAUUGCUUCCCAUGCUGCGACUUUGGGGCUCUCGUCGACGGCCACAGCUACGGCGCUUGCUUCUGCGUCUUCUUCGUCGUCUACAGUGCUGGCAACAGGCUCAGCAAGUGAAUUGCAGGACCCUCGUCGUCAGGAACCUCUCGAUAUCUCAACACUGGCGCAUAUUUCAGAGGGCUAUGCGUCUGGCAGUAUCGUGCGUGCAGUGGAGACCACGUUGACUCCUCGACGUGUCGAGUGCUUGGAGAAGCGGCCGCUACGUGAAGAAGAAUUUCUUGGCGCUUUGUCGCGACAAACUGCCACUUUUACAGACGAUUUCGAGAAAUUUAAGACAUUUACUGCAGUCAUUACGGGACUGAAAGAAACUCGCGAUAAAUUACGCAAAGCGGCACAGGAUGCACUCAAUCCUGACGACAAGAAGGAUGCCAAGGGUAAAGGCGACAAGAAAGGCAAGAAAGGCAAGAAAUAA